AAACCCACUAUCUUGUACUAUCCUAUCAUCUUAGCUUGUUACCAUUUCUAAAGAAACAAGCAUUCUUCGAGCACUUUGGUUCUCUCAACUUUAGGGAAAUUUCUCUACCCACUUCUUCAGAUUAAGCACAAGAAAGAAAGGAUCACAAAGGUUCAAAGGUCAUGGAUGUUGCACAUUUUUUGUUUGGAAUAUUUGGGAAUGCUUCCGCUCUGUUCCUCUUCUUGGCUCCGGUGAUCACAUUCAAGCGGAUAAUAAAGAACAGAUCCACACAGAAGUUCUCGGGAAUUCCAUAUGUUAUGACACUGCUUAAUUGUCUCCUUUCUGCUUGGUAUGGUCUACCUUUUGUGUCUCCCCACAACAUAUUAGUGUCAACAGUGAAUGGCGCCGGAGCAUUAAUUGAAACCAUAUAUGUUUUGAUCUUCAUCGUUUUGGCACCCAGGAAGGGGAAGGCUAAAAUUCUUGGGAUCUUCACCUUUGUGCUUUCUGUGUUUGCUGCUGUUGUUUUUGUGUCCCUUUUUGCCCUGCAUGGCACUUCCAGAAAGCUCUUCUGUGGCUUCGCUGCCGCCAUAUUUUCCAUAAUCAUGUAUGGUUCGCCACUCUCAAUUAUGAGACUAGUGAUCAAAACUAAGAGUGUGGAGUUCAUGCCUUUCUUCUUGUCGCUGUUUGUGUUUCUCUGCGGCACUUCCUGGUUUAUCUUUGGUCUGCUAGGCCGGGACCCAUUUGUUGCAGUACCUAAUGGUAUUGGUUCUGCUUUGGGGACAAUGCAACUAAUAUUGUAUUUCAUAUACCGAGACAAGAAAGGUGUUCCAAAAGAGGAGGAAUCCAUAGAGAUGGGUGACACAAAACCCCAUCAAGGGAAGCAAUCCAAUGGAAAUGCUACUCAAGUAUGACAUGUCAAGGGACUCAUUUGGCUCACCACAAAAUGCCAAUAACCACAAACACCAUUGUCAUUUGUGAGCUACAUAAUUUGCCACUGAGAGCAAGCACCUCUAUGAUUUGAUUUGCUCUUAUUUUAAUUUCAUAAAUGGAUGUAAUUUACUUUUUGCUAAGACACCGGCAUGCCAACUUUAGUCGAUAGUACUGCACGGAAACAAGCAUGUUUGUGUGAGUAUUUUAUAGCUUCUUCCCCUCGUUGAGACACAUCUGAGGGGUUUUGUUUUAGUGGCUUCUCCCCGUGUAUAACCUACAAA